GCCGGCUUCAUCGUCGUCUGUGUUUGAACGUAUGUCUUCACACUCUAGAAUGGCGGCCGCUGCUUGCGGUCCACACUGUGGCAAAGGGACAAAUGCUACUAAAACGCACAAAGUACACCUGCGGAAAAGUAAAGAUUCACGUCGGAGGCAAGCAGCACUUUUUUUCCUAACUAACAUAUCUUUAGAUGGAAAACCAGUGUACCCUUUAAACAAUGGUAACCCAUGUCCUAUAGCUGCCGAGCACCGAAGUCUGGACGCUGGAACUUCCAUGGUCGGACCGUUGUCGACAACGAGCAGCUACGGAACCUUCACCCAGCUGUCAAAUUCAGUGAGCGGGGGCGUUACUACUCCUUUGCCGAGGACUAAUACCUUUCCACCUGUUUUAUUUUUGGCAUCUCCCGGGAUUGGGGGUAAUGUCAGUGAGUGCUUGUUUGAAAGCAGUGGAAAGACAGACCCUUUGUCGUCUCAGGGAUCCCCUCUUUCCCCGACCUCUGGACCCCAGAAUCCCCUUCUUGGAGCUAGCAAGUCGCCUACUCUGAUCUCAGUUCAGAGUUCUAACGUUAUGCCUCCUGAUGUCCGUCAAAGCACACAAACCCGGUCAGGCUCUCCUGGGCCCAGAGCAUCCAAGAAGGUCCAUUUUAUCAAGAAUAUGAGGCAGUAUGACACACGAGGCAGCAGGAUUGUGCUGAUAUGUGCCAAGCGGUCUCUAUGUGCUGCUUUUUCUAUUCUGCCAUAUGGGGAGAGCUUUCACUGCAGUGACCCCAAACUGGAACCCCACAGACAGAGGAACUCGUCGGGGGGCGUCCCAGAUAUGGUGCCUGGGCUGGAGGGCGUGGAGCUGGGAGCGUUUGGGAAGACGGUGUCAUAUGCCCGUUUCCUGCUGCCCACCAAUGCCCUUGUGAGACAGAAGAGCAGUGGCCCUCCUGACGCCAACACAGCCAAGUCCUGUAACCGCAACAACGUCCAGAAGAGCUUCACUCCCGCACGCCUCAACAGCACGGCGGAUAUGGGUGUGGAUGAGCUGGGUGACUACGACCCCAACCUCCUGAGUGACCCGCAGUGGCCCUGUGGCAAACAUAAGAGGGUGCUGAUCUUCGCCUCCUAUGUGACAACUGUGAUCGAGUAUGUGAAACCGUCUGACUUGAAGAAGGACAUGAACGAGACUUUCAAGGAGAAAUUCCCCCACAUCAAACUGACCCUGAGCAAGAUCAGAAGCCUGAAGAGGGAGAUGCGUGCCGUGAGCGAGGAGUGCGGCCUGCAGCCGGUGACUGUGGCCAUGGCCUUUGUGUACUUUGAGAAGCUGGUGCUGCAGGGACGCUUCAACAAGCAGAACCGCAAGCUGGUGUCGGCCGCCUGCGUCCUGCUGGCCGCCAAGAUCAGCAGCGACCUCAAGAAGCAAGAGGUCAAACAGCUCAUUGAUAAACUCGAGGAGCGUUUCCGUAUUAAUCGGCGGGAGCUGAUCCCUCUGGAGUUCACCGUUCUGGUUGCCCUGGAGAUGGCCCUGUAUCUGCCCGACAGCAAAGUCAUGCCACACUACCGUCGCCUGGUGCAGCAGGUCUAGAGCCGCAGACUGCCCGCCUUGGAACACCCGACCAUGAUUGUUUCCUUUUAAAUCAAAACAAUGAAGGGUCGUCUGUCAAUGUGAUGUUACGGUCUUCCAUAUCUACUGUAGUACUUUUAAAUGAACAGUCUUUUUACAUAUCAUCUUCACUGAAUUACAACAGACACCAUGACUGUGGGCAUGAUGCCAGAUAACGCCUUUGAGGCAUCAUAUACAUUUUCGAUGGGAGGUUUUUAUGUCUGUUAAGGUCUCUCUCAGAUGAUUCAUUGUGAAUUGCACAGACGAGGCUCUGAGACGGGUUUAUUAAUGAGCGGCUGCCGCUGAUUGACUGGUUUUGCUGAUCAGCUGUGAGAGCCGGCAGCACUCUCUUUAAUGGAUCGUGUGAGGGAGACCCGUGGCUUUAACCUCGAAAGGCCGGUGGUCUGAUCUGCAAUGGCCAGCAGUAAUAUAGGGUCUGCUGGUUUAAUGUUGGUACACCUGAGUGUGUGUGUGUGUGUGUGUGCAUGUGCAUGUGUGUUUGCAUGUCUGAGAGAGGCACUCCCUGUUUAUACGAGGGAGGUGUGUGUGAAUACAUGGAUGGCUGCACCUGUACUUUGACUGUGAGAUAAAGUGUGUGUGUGUGAGAGACUAUAUGUGUUGAGUGUGAGGGAGAUGUCCUUUCUUGUGUGCAUGCGUGUUUGAGACUUUUUGUCUGUCUGACAGACAAACAAAGACUAUAUGUGUGUGUGUGUGUGUGUGUGUGUGAGUGAAUGAAUGUUUGUGCUCUUUGUAGUGGGCCUCUCCUGGGGGCAUGAGUGGCAUUCCGAUGCGUAUGCAGCCAAGCACUCUAUGUUAGAGAUGACAUUUAAUGAGCACAUUCAUCGUGCCGCCUGCUCCACUUCUUUUAUUAUCUUGUCAUCCUUGCGUCUUUUGCCCAAAGUCGUUUACUUUUCAGACUGUCUGAACACAGCAACAUUGGGGACAUUUUAAAAAAUAGAACUAUUUUUCUUUACAACGCUUUAAGACUCAUCAGUAGGUUUUCAAUACCGAUCAUGCACACUGCUUUUGUUUUUUUCCCACAUAACUCAAGAUACCUUUUCAGUAAUAUAAGACCAGUAGCUUUACAUAUGUGGGUCAUUUCUACAGUAUAUAUUACUUUUUACAUUUAUGAAAACAACAAACACGUUUUGCACAAGGAUAUCUUAUAAGAGUCAUAGAUUUAAAAAAAAAAAAAAAAAAAAACAAUCAGAAUGUUGCAAUUUAUUAACUUUUUCACUGACACAGCUAGUCUUCUUUAUGACAGAAGACUGUGGCAAUGUAUGUACUUCAGUAGCUUCUAAUGUGUUCUGAAUGUGAAGUGUUUCCUGUUCUCUGCGACUAUAGACAGUGACUUGUAUUUAAAACUGUGUGUGUGAGUCAGUUUUGUGUUACAGCGUGGAUUGUAUACACAGCACAGUAUUCCUCAGAAAAGCUGACAUCAGCAAAUCUUUAACAUCUUGUUAAAAGCACUGUCUGUCGUAUUGGUGAUUUGGUGUAGUUGAAUUUACGAUAGCAUUUAUGGUUCCCUUUAGUUAAAAGUACACCAUGUCUGUCCAAGAGUGUGCUUUCAUUUAUUCUGCACUUUUGAAUAUUUUAGGGGGUUAGUUACUGUGUCAAGAUUUGAAGAAGUGAAGACCAUUAUUUUGGAGUGUAUGUCUGGAGCAGACCAUACAGCCACUGUGUACCAAUUAUUCCCUGGAGAUUUUGCACACAGUAGACAAUUUAGCAUAGAUCCGUCCAUUUAUCCCCCUCCUGUUUUUUUUUGUGUCUGUAUCCAUGGUACUGGGUCAUAAAUAUAGAAACCACUUGGUCGCCACCUAGUGGUGUUGAUGGCAAUAUGUUUUGCCUCGCAUUAUCAAAUCUCCUCUUCUGAUGUCACAAUUAUCUUAUUGCUUUCUCAGGUACUUUCAUAAGGUUGUAUUUAACUGUAAUUUAUUGUAAUAUUAUUUUUAAAGUUUGGCUCAGCCUAUGACUGACUCCUGUAACAAAAGACUGUGUUUUGGUUUUAUGGGAAGUGGGUGAUGGGAUCUUGUGAAAAUAUGCUUUGUGUUUGACUUAUCAUGUAUUUAACGUGUAUUUAUUGCCAACGCAUUGUUUUCCUCUUCAAAUGACAGCCAGUCAUGAAGCAUACACUGUGAGCAUUUUUCUGUAGUGGAAAGUGCCUAAGGAUCCAAUAUUUCAAAGGACGUCAAAAUGUUUGCCGUUGUAAUGUUCUCUUGUGUGUACUUUUACUAACUUGCCUUUGGUUGCAUCUAGUUCUGAGAGCAUUGUGUUAUACUGUCUCGUUGGUUAUAAAUUUCCUUACAGUCUUGACUGUGCAAUGGCCUGCAUUUGAAGAGUUUUGAGUUUUCUAUGAGGGGUAGGGGUGAAGCUGACAGUCUUGAGUACAUGUCGAAGCUGUGUGAGAGAGAGAGAAACAUGAAGCUGGACCUCUGUGCAAGAACACAGUCAAAGGAAAUGUAAUGGAAUUCUGGAUUCUAUUUGUAUUUACUGCGGUAGGCACCUAAGCUUUAUUUGAAGGUCACUGUACUGUGAGAAUUGUGAUAAGGUACCAAGUCCAUUUAUACUGUACUGCUGAUAAGCAUGGUGUGUGUGUGUGUGUGUGUGUGUGUGUGUGUGUGUGUGUGUGUGUGCGUGCUCUAUUUUCCUAAAUGUAUUUUAGAAAUCGUCCUGUUCAAGUCUGAAUUGAUACAGAGCAUUAUGUUGGAGAAAACAAACCAGCAUUUGUCUUUUUUGUGAGGCCAUGAGUGAUGCUUUUUUGUAAUUCACUCCAUUGUUUCCAAAAUAAAUUAUAUUUUCUGACCGUU